UUUGUCCAAGAGCAGUGUCCUUGGUUUUCAUGUCUCUGCCAGGAUUGGGGGUCUUUAGAUCUAGUCUCCCCACCCUGUUUGUCUGAUCACUAUAUAAUUAGAACUGGGAGAGACUUCCAUGUUCACACAGCUGGAACCCACCUGCAGGAACAAACAGCUGGAACCCAUCUUCAGUUGGAGGGAAACUUCCAGAUUUUUGUAAGAUUCUUCCUCCUGGGAGCCUUUGUUGGAAGAGAUGAUGAUGGGCCUGGGCCCGCUGUUGUUGGUCUUCGUGCUGGGUCUGGGUCUGACCCCACUGACCCUGGCUCAGGAUGACAUCAGGUACAGAGAUUUCCUGACCAAGCACUAUGAUGCCAAACCAACGGGCCGGAAUGACAGAUACUGUGAAAGCAUGAUGGUGAGACGAGGCCUGACCACACCCUGCAAAGACACCAACACCUUUAUUCAUGGCAAGAAGACAGGCAUCAAGGCCAUCUGUGGAGAUAAGAAUGGAGAGACUUAUAACGGAAAUUUGAGAAUAAGCAAGACUCCUUUCCAGGUCACCACUUGCAAGCAUGUAGGAGGGUCCCCCCGGCCUCCAUGCCGGUACAGAGCCACACCAGGGUACAGAAACAUUGUUGUGGCCUGUGAAAAUGGCUUGCCUGUCCACUUUGACGAGUCCUUUUUCCGUCCAUAACUUGCACGACACUGCCCAGAGCUGGCUCUGCUCUCCUUUCCUUGCCAUUUCCCUUCCCCACCCCAGAACAGUGGUGGCAACAUUCAUUGCCAGGGGCCUAGAAAAUGAGCUGCUCGGAUCUUUUGCUGUUUUAC